GGCGUCCCCCGGACCGUGCUAGCUGCUCAAGUUCGUGUACAACAUCCUCACAGAUUCCAUCGCUAUAGUUGAGCGCAGGUGUUCCUAAGGAAGCAGAGCAAAUGGCUCCCAUCUCUCGCCGCAUUGCGCCCCUCCUCUUCCUGAUGCUCCUCAUCCUCGUCGCCUCAGAGAUGGGGACGACGAGGGUGGCGGAGGCGAGGCAUUGCGUGUCGCAGAGCCACAGGUUCGUGGGCGCGUGCAUGAGGAAGAGCAACUGCGAGCACGUCUGCAUGACCGAGGGCUUCCCGUGGGGGGAGUGCAGGUUCCACGGCAUCGAGCGCAAGUGCUUCUGCAAGAAGCGCUGCUAGCCUGCUUAGCCGGAGAGGCCCAGCCCCAGGCCACCCGCUGAUCGAUCGAUGAUCCACCAAGCCAAGCCAAGGCGCCAUUCCCCCCAUCUCGCUGGUCACAGUCGUCGCUCACCUACUCUCGUGUAGUAGCCCUUCUCUUUUGAUGUUAUCGUGCACGCGAACUGCUGUCGACUUGCCUGGUCUUGUAGUAAGUUUGCAACGUGUCUUUACUUACCUGGAACAAUAAAAACUUUGGUCGUUGCUCCGAUUGCUUGGCUGCA